AUGCAGAUACGCCAGCGUGACAUAGAGAGCCGUCGCGAGGAACUUCAUCAAGGAUCCAUUGAGCUUACCAACACUACCUCCCUAAGCGAAAGGGCGCGCUCUACGCUCGAAGAGCUACAGCAAACACGGGCUGACGUGCAAAAUGAUGUUACAAACCAGCGCGCACGUCUCACCCGAGACUUGGAUUUGAUAUACCACAUUCAACUCGAGCAUGCGCGAGACCUACUGUAUUCGAUCGUCGCGCUACCUCUUCCCAAUGCCGUGGCAUCUACCACCAAAAAUGCCAGUGCCUUGGUUCACAAGCUUCCCCUGGAGGAAGUGGGUUCCGCUCUCGCGUUUGUGGCCCAGCUAGUCCUUCUUCUCAGCUCCUAUUUGCAUAUACCUUUGCCCUAUCCUCUUACUACCGUCGGCAGUAAGGCCAUCGUGCGCGAUGGAAUCAGCAUCAUGAACGGCCCUCGAGCAUUUAUUCUACAUGGCCGCGGCACAGAACUGUACCGAUAUGAGUACGCCGUCUUUCUGCUCAACAAGAAUAUUGAACAGCUCAUGAACAAGUGCCACGUGCCUGUACUGGAUCUCCGCAACACACUGCCGAACCUGAAGAAUCUACUCAUGACUUUGUCGGCGGCUUCCGCUACAUAG